AUGUCCUCACAGCUAUCCAAGAAUCUAGAGAGUAUAUCGGAUCCAUCAGACUUCAAAUCAACUACCAUACCGGCAUUAUCAGAACUCGAUGUUUUAGAAAGAUGUUAUAUAUGUAAAGAAUUCUUUCGUGCUCCAGUUAUUACGUCAUGUAAUCAUACUUUUUGUUCACAAUGUAUAAGAGAAUAUCUUAUCACAAAUAAUUUAUGUCCACUAUGUAAAACGGAAGUUUUUGAAAGUAGUUUGAAAAGGGAUGUUUUGUUGGAAGAAAUAGUUGGGUGUUAUACGCGUCUUCGGCCAUUUUUAUUAAUGCAUUUGAAGAAUGAUCAUAAUUCACAAGAGCAACUAGAGAAUACAAGGAAAAGAGAAAUAGAGGAGAAUAAUGACGUUAUAGAGAUUUCAUCAACGAACAUAUCAGCGAUAGAAUCACAACAACAACCAAAAAGACAAAAACUAGAGCAGUCCCCAGAUGUCAUAGAAAUUCCACAAGAAGAUCUAGUUGAAUGUCCAGUUUGUUCAAAGAAAAUGACGGCAGAAAGACUACAAAAUACACACAUAGACGCAUGUUUAAAUGGAACAGCAGAACCAAUAAGUCCCCGACCAACACCAAAACCCAAAGGAAAAUCUUCAAUAGCAUCGUUUUUCAAAACAGCAACUAUAUCAUCAUCACCACCUUCAUCAUCAGCAUCAUCAAAACCAGCAAUGGUACAAACAUUACCAGAAGAGUUGGGACAUCAAAAUUUUUAUUUCAAUGAAACAUCUAGAAAACCAGUUGAAUUGAAACGACUACAAAAAUUAGAUUUUGCAUCAUUAACAACAGUUAAAUUAAAAGACAAAUUAUCAAAUUUACAUUUGCCAACCUCAGGUACUAGACAACAAUUAGAACUUAGAUACAAUCAAUUUUUUGUGUUAUAUAAUUCAAAUUUGGAUAGUAAUCAUCCAGUUUCAGAAAGAAUAUUAAGGCAAAAUUUACAUCAAUGGGAAUUAUCACAUCUGGGUUUCAAAAAGCAAACUAAUGCUCAAUUUGGAGUGAAAAAUAGUCUGAAUUCCGGUAGAUCAAUCACUGAUAAAAAUUUCUCAGUUAGUGAAUGGAUGAAUGAAUAUAAGCCGGAGUUUAAAGAGUUGAUACAAAUAGCUAGAGAUUCUAUAAAGAAGGAGAAAUUAGAACCUCAAACUGAGUCGGAUAACAAAAAUGGUACUGCAGAGGAAGUUGAAAACUGUGCAGACUUAAGUAAUAGUAAUAUAGAUUUAAGCAGUAGUAUCUUGUUUGAUUCCAAUGAUCUUGUAAAUAAUUUAAAUACAUAA